AUGGCGGCAACAAGCAAAGGUUAUCAAGGGACUGUCUGGUUCCAGAGGGAAUUUGCAGUUUCUGCUAAAAAGAGAGGAUGUCAUCUCAUUUCAGACGAAGUGGGAGCUAAAGUUCCAGAAAUAGCAAACAUGAAAAUUGGAUUGUUGAAUCUUCAUAUAAAACAUACGUCAGCCAGUCUAUGUUUAAAUGAGAACUGGGAUCCAGAUGUCAGAGUUGAUAUGGAGAUGAUGCUAAACAAACUGGUGCCUGAUAGUACGCCAUUCAAGCAUUCCUGUGAAGGACCUGAUGACAUGCCUGCACAUGUAAAAGCUGCAUUUUUAGGAGCAUCAGUCAAUGUUCCAAUAACAGAGGGGAAGAUGAAUUUAGGCACAUGGCAGGGGAUUUGGUUGUGUGAACACCGUAAUCAUGCAGGGAAAAGAAAUUUGGUUGCUACACUUCAGGGGGCAUUGAAAUGAUACAGAGUUUUCCUCCAUUGAUUUAAAAAAAAAAAAACUAUGCGAUGAAUUAUGUAUACAAGUUUCCAACAAUUUAGGAAAAUUAUACCAUGAUAUUGCCAUGUGUUCAGAGCUGUUUUCUCCAUAAACUCACAGAAGUUUGAUGAUGUGUUCUCCAGCCAUGGUAAAGCCAACAUUGCAUACCUACAAUAGUGCCAGUACCUCUGGUGAUGUCAUAGUCUCAAUUCCUGGUUUUAUUCUCUCUAUAGUCUCAGUUCCAGGUUUUAUUCUCUCUAUAGUUAUGCUAUAUAUGAUUAUCAUAACUAUAUUUUGUGUAGAGUUAAAGCAAAGUUUAAUGGUAAAAAAAAUAUCUGCAGGCAGUUCCUCAUGUUUGUUUUAUACAUAUAACUGAAUUUAUGAAGUAAAAUAAAUUUCAGUUUAAAGAGCAGCAUUAAUUUGGCAUAUGAUGAUACUUUGUCAGAAUGUGUUCAUUGUGUAUAGGAUCUAAGCCUUGUAGAUUUUUCUUGGGGGUUUCUUUACUAUUAAAGAUGGUAUAUCAGUUUUAGCUUUGGGCACAAAUUUUAUCAUGUAAAAGUAAUUAAACUUAUUACAUUUUACAUACUGUAGCUUGUUUGUGAAUAUGUUAAUACAGAUUAAAGGUUUUAUUCUGAA